GAGGACCGGCAUAUUAACCCCGGCUCAGCGCGCUCUGUACACAUUGUGAACAGUCUAAUUCCUGAACUGAACGGAGGAGGAGGCUUCUGCUGCAAACAACCACCGCCUCCUGUGUGUGUUUUUUACCGGAUUAAAGCGACUCGGUUCUCGUGUCACGGCGCGGCUCUUCAGUCCCUAAAGGAAUGCCCAGAGAGCUGACCCAGAACAGGAUCCAAAAGAUCUGGAUUCCCACCAAAGAUGGCAAGCCGGCGCCCCGCAGAGCAUCUGGCGCCCCACACCUCGCCAACCCCCCCACGGUCAUCGUGAUGGUGGGUCUUCCGGCUCGGGGCAAGACGUACAUAUCCAAGAAGCUCACCCGAUACCUCAACUGGAUCGGCAUGCCCACCAAAGUCUUUAAUGUCGGCGAGUACCGCAGGGAGGCGGUCAAGAACUACAGCUCCUAUGACUUCUUCAAGCCAGAUAAUGAGUGUGCUGUGAAAAUCAGGCAGCAGUGUGCCUUAGCAGCCUUGAGGGAUGUCAAGUCCUAUCUGAAAGACGAGGGAGGCCAAGUAGCGGUCUUCGACGCCACAAACACGACGAGAGAGAGGCGAGAGAUGAUCCUUACAUUUGGCAAUGAGAACGGCUUCAAGAUCUUCUUCAUCGAAUCCGUGUGUGACGACCCCAACGUCAUCGCGUCGAACAUCAUGGAAGUGAAGGUGUCCUGUCCAGACUACCGCGACUGCAACAAGACUGACGCCAUGUUGGAUUUCCAGAGGAGAAUUGAAUGCUACAAAACCAGCUACCAACCUCUGGACCCUGAUCAGCAUGACAGGGAUCUUUCCUUCAUCAAAGUGAUAGACGUGGGUCGGCAAUACCUCGUCAACCGGAUCCAGGAUCACAUCCAGAGUAAGAUCGUCUACUACCUGAUGAACAUCCACGUCCAGCCAAGAACCAUCUACCUGUGUCGGCAUGGAGAGACCACCGACAACCUGGAGGGACGGCUGGGAGGCGAUGCCGGGCUGUCGCCGCGGGGCAAACAGUUUUCUGUAGCCCUGGCUCAGUUUAUGGAGGAGCAGCAGCUGAAGGAUCUGAAGGUGUGGACCAGCCAGCUGUGCGGUACCAUCCAGACUGCCGAACACCUGGGAGUCCCGUACGAACAGUGGAAGGCUCUCAAUGAGAUAGACGCUGGAGUGUGUGAAGAGAUGACGUACGACGAGGUGAAGGAGAAAUUCCCAGAUGAGUUUGUGUUGAGAGACGAGGACAAAUUCUACUACCGCUACCCUGCUGGAGAGUCCUACCAGGACCUGGUCCAGCGAGUGGAGCCGGUCAUCAUGGAGCUGGAGAGGCAAGAGAAUGUCCUGGUUAUCUGCCACCAGGCCGUCAUGCGCUGCCUGCUGGCCUUCUUCCUCGAUAAGAGUGCAGAUGAGAUGCCCUACCUGAAGUGUCCCCUCCACACAGUGCUGAAGCUCACCCCGGUCGCCUAUGGGUGCAAAGUGGAGUCCAUCUGUCUGAAUGUGGAAGCAGUGAACACCCACAGAGACAGACCAGAGGAGGUGAAGAGAGGUCCCGGCACCUUGAUCAGGAGGAACAGUGUGACUCCUCUGACCAGCCCCGAGUCAAACAUCAAGAAGCCUCGCAUCGAUGACCUGGACGAGGCUCCCAUCCAGGAGCUGCCCCCGUCUGUUGCCUCGCUGGCGCUCUGCAGCCCCUCACACAUCCCUCUCGCCCUGGCUGGACAGAACCUGAGGAGAAGCUCAUCCGGUCGCCGUGAUGUCCUGCAGCCAUGCCAGUGAAAUUGCCCUGAUGUGUCAUACGGCUAAAAAAGCCAAAAAGUGGAUCGCUGACAAGACUCACUGAUAUUUCACAAAGUCUGUUAAAUGUAACAAAUCAGUUCUGUAAAUGCUGAUCACUUUGUCAGCAGAGGACACAAGUUAUUGUACCUUUUUUAUUGUUGAAAUGGUUAUUUAAUUGCUGUCCUAUCAGAUAUUUAUGUUCGAAGACAUGUCACUUCGAAGCAAGACUCUUAAAUCCCCUCUUUCUUGCUUUUGUCAGACAUUUCCUCGCUCUGACUGAUGAAUCUGUGUGUUCUGAUUUUUAACUUUUAACAUUAUGUGUUUCAUUUGUUCAGACUGAAAGAGGAAAACUGUGACUCAUUCCUGUUGCGUCUCACAGCUCAGACAACAGGCUCUCCAGGAAACCAGUUCCUUCUGGUUUAUUUAUUUGGAGAGGUCAUGCUUCACGCCUGGAUAAAACUUUCAGCUCAUCCUGUUUUUAACGUACGGUUGCACUGUUUAUGUAAAAGACGGAGAUAGUAUUUAGUUUACGUCGUAAACUCUUUGGCACUUCUUUGGAAGCACUGGCAUUUUUCAUGGUUUUCUUAUAAAAAUGAAGAUGACACUACAGAAUAAGCGAUUGUUUUGCACAGUGGGGGGUGUUCGAUUUUUGCGUCACUUUGUGUCUCGUGUCACAUGACUUCACGGUAGUGGAGGUGAUUUUUUUUUUUUUGCCGUAGAGUGCCUGUAGUGCUUGUUCUGCAAGCCCGAAGCUGCUUCUCUUGCCAUUUAUCUGGAACUGAUUGCUCAAGGAGAGGCACCACGUUUCACCUAAUAACUCCACAUAUCAUGUCUGUAUUUUAUUUUCACCUUUAUGAAUAUUUAUUUUUCACCGUGUUUAGUUCCAGUGCUACAGUACCUGCUGAUCAUUUGACAGAGAUCUCUUAACGGGAAACUUAAUUUUCAAGUUUGUUUUCCUCAAUUUCCCUUUUGCUGUCAUUGUCCGCUACGCACAAAUGUAAGCACCUAUAUUUUUAUGAUAACAAUGCGUGCUGUUAAUAAUAUCUUUGUAAAUCUUAGUGUACAUACAGUAUAACUGGAGAUGGAUGGGAGAUGACUUGGGAGUCUUUUCAUGAGAAUGUGUCAGUGUGUUGGGACUGAAUGGAGAGCACGACCUUUGUUAACGUGUUUGCUUGAGAUACUUGAAAUCUGUUUUUUCUUUUGUAAAAAGAUUGUUUUAUUAUAUUCUUUAUUUAUUUUUAUGUAGUUUCGAAUGACUGCUUGGAGCAAUAGUACCUUGUUUUAAUCAGAGGACUAUGCAUGAGAGGACAGUAUGUUGUACAGUUGAUUUUUGCAUCUGCUGGACCAAUAAAUGAACUCCAGGAAAAACA